AGAAUAAUUCUAGCGGGGGUAGACUGGUGCGUAUCGACCGAGCAAAAACAUUUUCAUAUUGUCAAUUAAUAUAUUUUUGGAACUAUCGGAGGUAUAGUAAAUUCAUUAGUAUAUCAUUUAAAUUAUUAUAAGAUCGUGUUUGUUUUUUUGUUCGAGGAUCAUCAGGUUUCAUCUUUGUACGGUGAACCACGAAUUAGUUGCAGUGUAUAAAAUUCAAGUGCGUAUUCUCUUGUCCGCUUUAUAUUAUUCUCUCUUGAGAAUUGAAUUUUCAAUAUGAGGGAUAGAAAUCAUUACAAAUGUUCAAUCCUGAGAAAAUUUGAUGACCGUAUUUUCUACAUGGGGCGUAAAGACCUUAUCCUUCCUAUUUGUACAAAAGAAAAUGGAGAUAUCGCCUGGAUUGUUGGAAGUUAUGGAUAUUGUAGAUGAUAAAGAUGUAAUCGAAUUAAUCAAACAUGCUGUUGCAGAAGAGAUUAUAUUUAAGCCUGAUUCCACUGAUAAUUCAGAGACAGAGAUAGAAGAAAUUAUAGAAAUAAUUGAAGAAAUAGAUGAAUCAGAAGACUUAUUACCAGAUUAUUCUAAAACUGGAGAAUUAGUUAAGGAAAUUAAAAUGUCUGAUAAUAUAGAUUUUGAAGAGAAUUUACAGAAUGAACAAUGUGAUAGAAGUUCUGAAAUAGAGGAGGCAUAUAUUUCGGAUGAAGAAAAUGUAAUGUUUAAAAUGGAAAAUGAUAAAGUUUCUAAAUCUUUGUAUAAUGAACAACAAAAGUCUAAUAAUAAAGUUAUAACAUAUGAUGUGGACGAAGAUUGGCAAGAUGAAGAUAUUGAACAUCUUGAAGAAAUAGAUGAAGUAAUUAAUCAUGAAUCUGACUCUCAGCAUCAUCAUACAGAAUCAUCACAAAAUUAUAACUUUUUACAUGAAAAUGAAAGAUCUGGAGGAAAUCAAGGAAAAAAUUUUUCUUUACAAAGUCAUAAAACAGAUAUUAGGAAUAUUAUAGAAUCCGCUACAAAGGUGGAUAAAUCUCAAUUGAAUAAAGAUUAUGGCAAUGAUACGCAUAAUAUCAAAAACAUUGAUAACAAUUUCACCCAUGAAGUUAUAAAAAAUACUGAAAAUAAUUUAAUAUAUACUGUACUCGGUUCAAGAAAACCUACUCCUAUUACAAAACAGUUAGAAGAAAAAAAGUAUACUGAUGCACAUUACAUAAAGAUGGAACAGUUAAGUGAAAAUACAAUUCCAGUUGAAGGAACGAUUUAUUAUGAAGGUGAUAAUAUGGAAACGUUAUAUGUUGCGCAAGCAGUCGAUGAACAUGAACAAUAUCAAUAUGAAGCAGUUCCAAUGGAGCAGAAUGAACAAACAUGGGAUACGUCAAAUGAUGAUAGAAAUUCUGACAAUGAUGUUAAUCAAUAUCAGGAAGAAGAAAAUUCUCAGGAUCAAAUCUUUUUACAUGAGGAUGAAGAUGGUCAGCUAUAUUUUAAAGAUGAUCAUGGAGAAUUGCAACCAGUUUAUUUAACAGAAGAUGGAAAUUAUGCUAUUGCUGAUAAUAGUGAUGAUCAAGAUAGUAAGGAAUCACACAAUCAAUUGCAACAAAAUAAUAGAAUUUCUGAAGAAGCAUCUAUGAGUUUAACAGAAUCUAAAGCUAUUACUCCAAAAAAUAAACAGAAUACUGUUCCUUCAUCUUCUACACUUCAAGAUCUUGAUAAUGAAGAUAAUACAGUAACAAUUUCUUUAAUAAUUUCGGAAGAUGAACAUGGACAAAAGAGAACUCAAGUUAUAAUACCUACAACAGACAACAUGAAAUGUGAUAUUUGCAAUAAAAGUUUUAAAACAUCGUUUCAACUUUUAAGACACAAUAGAUUAAAGCAUGCAAGGGAAGAAGAUAUUACAACAAGAAACUUUCCUUGUGAUUUAUGUCCUAAAAGAUAUCCAGAUCAAAAUUCUUUGGCACGUCAUAGAAAAACUCAUACUGGUGAUCGACCAUUUCAAUGUCUUGAAUGUCAUAAAAAUUUCCCUACUUCUACUGCAUUACGUCGGCAUUUAACUCUUCACAAUUCACAAUCCCGGCCACUUCCUUGCAUUUAUUGUGGUCGUCGUUUCGUAGAGAAAGCUAGUUUAAUGAAACAUGAACAAUCGCAUCUACCCGAUGAUCAAAGAACACAUACAUGUGAUGUGUGUCAGAAAACAUUUUUACAUGCGACAGAUUUAAGUUUACACAAAAAAUAUCAUGAUCCUGAUAAAAAGUUUGACUGUGAAGUAUGUGGUAGAGAAUUUAAUAGACUGAAUAAUUUACAAAGGCAUAUGAUGGUACAUCAACAGCAAGGGGCAAAUGAAGAAAUCUUGUCUUGUGAUGUAUGUGGAAUCACAUAUAAGUUUAUGAGCUCCUUGACGAGACAUAUGGUAACAACACAUAUGAACCCUGAAAAAUUAAGACAACAAGCAGAAGAGCAACGGAGAAAACGUGAAAAUAAUUAUCGACGUUAUUUGGAAAAUAGAAAAAUGUAUGAAACACAACAUUCGGGAGGAUACGGUUCGAAACGUAAUUAUCAUCAUAAUGCACGUAUACUUAGCGGAAAUAAUGACGAAGUGGCUUGACUUAAAUUUUUAAUAGUACAUUGAACGUAUGAAUGAAUGCAAUUUAAAAUUUAUUACUAUUAUUAAAAUAAUUAUGUUUAUUACGCACGGAUAGAGUUAUGAAUAAAUUCAUACAUUCUCUGUUCAUUUUGCAUUCUAAUCCAUCUCUCAGGCAAUGUAUUAGUAAUAUGAUCCUUAUUGGAAGAUGUA